UUAAUUGCAAGAUCUCACUCAAUAAAGUUUCAGCGAAUUGGGCCAUGAAGUCUCCCGCUCCGUUAAGUACAAUCUCCAGUCUCCACACACAGCGCCGCCCUCGCACAGUCGCACUGCCACAUCAACAAUGGCGCGCACCAGAACGCCGCAGCCGCAGCGCACCUGCCUGCUCGACGCCGAAGAGUUCCGGCUGCAGGGCCACCAAGUCGUCGACUUCAUCGCCGACUACUACACCCAAAUGGGUGAAUACCCCGUGCACCCCUGCGUCACGCCCGGCUUCCUGCGCCGCCAGCUCCCUGCGGGCGCUCCGUCGCGCCCGGAGCCCGAUGCGUUCGCCGCGGCGCUGCGGGACGUCCGCGACCUCAUCCUGCCGGGCAUAACGCACUGGCAGAGCCCGCGCCACUUCGCGCACUUCCCGGCGUCCAGCAGCACCGUCGGCGCCCUCGGCGAGGCCCUCACCGCGGGGAUCAACGUCGUGCCUUUCACGUGGGCGGCCUCGCCGGCCGCCACGGAGCUCGAGAUGGUGGUCGUGGACUGGCUCGGCAAGGCGCUCCACUUGCCCGAGGGCUUGUUAUUCUGCGGCGGCGGCGGCGGCACGCUCAUGGGAACCUCGUGCGAGGCCAUCCUCUGCGCCCUCGUCGCCGCGCGGGAGCGGAAGCUCGCGGAGAUCGGCAGCAGGAGGAUCGGGGACCUCACCGUCUACUGCUCCGAUCAGACCCACUUUGCCUUCCACAAGGCUGCGCGUAUCGCCGGCAUCCACCGUGACAACUGCCGCGAGAUCGCGACGUACCGUGACGACAUGUUCGCGCUCUCGCCAACUGAACUCCAUGCGGCCAUGCAGGCUGACGUGGACGCCGGGCUGGUCCCGCUCUUCCUGUGCGCCACGAUGGGAACCACCCAGACGACCGCCGUGGACCCUAUCCGGGAGCUCUGCGCCGUCGCGGCGACGCACAGCGUGUGGGUCCACGUCGACGCGGCCUACGCGGGCUCGGCACUCGUCUGCCCGGAGUUCCGCCACGUGAUCAACGGCGCCGAGGCUGUGGACUCGUUCAGCAUGAACGCUCACAAGUGGCUUUUGGCCAAUAACGACUGCUGCACGCUGUGGGUGAGGAAGCCGUCGCUGCUCACCGCGGCGCUGGGCACGGAGCAGGAGUACAUCCUUAAGGACGCGGCCGCGGAGGGGCACGACGUCGUGGACUACAAGGACUGGUCCAUGACGCUGACCCGCCGGUUCCGCGCGCUGAAGAUGUGGCUCGUGCUCCGCUGCUACGGGGUCGAGGGCAUGCGGGACCACGUCCGCGCCCACGUCCGCAUGGCCGCGUCGUUCGAGAACAUGGUGAAGGCCGACGCGCGGUUCGAGGUGGUGGCGACGAGGCAGUUCGCGCUGGUGUGCUUCCGGCUCCGGUCGCCGGAUAAGUUCGGCGGCGAGAAGACGGCCAACGAGCUCAACACUAGGCUCCUCGAGGAGGUGAACGCGGCCAGCUCGGGACCGUACAUGAGCUCCGCCAAGGUGGGUGGCAUCUACAUGCUCCGGUGCGCCAUCGGGAGCACGCUUACGGAGGAAAGCCACGUCCUCGAAGCGUGGAAGGUCGUGCAGGAUCGAGCUGCUUCCCUGCUCCAUAAAAUGGAGAUUAUUUACAGCGCGCUUGCUUAAGCUGGAGGUCUGAGCUCGGAACGAGUGAGACUGGGAUCCCCGGCUAAUCUACUUGAAUUGGAGAAGGACACUGAUCCAUAUCGAUUGGCGGCAACUCUCCCAUGCAAAUGAAAUCUUAUGGCUAAUUAUGGCUAAUUCUAUACUAUUAAAGUGGUAAAUUGUUAUAGGUUACACAUAUACUCGCUUUCAUUUUCUUUGUCUUCUUCCAAAAAAUGUACAUUUUUAUUCGGUUAUCACACUCCUAUAUUGUUAUUCACAUCCAUGCACUAAAUCUGAUUGUAUGUUUGUCAGUGGUUCGGAAAGA